AUGGCUGGGAUCAAGCUUCCAGAUAUGGACCAGAUUCAGUGCCUCACAGGUUUCCCUGUUGGCCAAUUCCCAUUCAGAUUUUUGGGUGUUCCUCUUUUAGCUUCAAGGCUAAAUGUUUGUCAUUAUGACCCUAUGAUUGCCAGAAUCACUGCUUUAAUUCACGGUUGGAAUAGGAAGACUCUUUCCUAUGCAGGAAGAUUGGAUCUUGUGAGAGCUGUGAUUCAGGGGAUCGCCAAUUUUUGGCUGGGAAAUUUCCCUCUCCCAUUAUCGGUCAUCCAUCGUAUUAAUGCAUCAUGUAGGAAUUUUUUGUGGGGCAAAACAGAUGAGGGAAAAAAAAGACCACUGGUUUCCUGGUCAAUUGUUUGCUCCCCAAAAGAGGAGGGCGGAUUGGGCCUAUUUUGCCUCAAGACUUGGAAUAAUGCUUUACUCACCAGAACCCUCUGGGACUUCCAUAUUAAAAAGGAUUCUCUUUGGGUGAAGUGGAUUCAACACUACUAUUUCAAGGACCAAAGCUUUUGGGAGUGCAAUGCCUCAUCCUUUGAUUCAGCAUUCAUGAAAAGAGUCUUCUACAUUCGUGACUGUAUUGCGGCUAAGGAGACCAACACAAGUGAUGCUGUGACUGUCUUUCAAUCCUGGGUUCGUGGGACUAAACUGGUUGCAAGCAAUGCCUAUUCAUACUUUAGGCAAUCUAAGCCUUUGGUACCUUGGAAACAUAUUGUGUGGAACCCGGCAAUCCCUCCAAAGAUGAGCUUCAUUCUUUGGCUUGCUGUUAACAGUAAGUUGCUAACACUUGAUAAGGCACCUUAUUUGAAUAAAGGUCAAACUUGUUAUCUUUGCAAAUCUGAAUCGGAAUCAAAUGGCCACCUGUUUUUUGCUUGCCCGCUGGUGCUUCAGGUUUGGUCCGUUAUUAGGGAGUGGAGUUUAUUCCCAAAGAGAAAUGUCUCCCUCAAAGGCACAAUUGAUAAACUCAAGCGCUGUGGAGCCGUAUCAGGUGUUUUUGGAAAGCAACGCUGCCUCUCCUUGUCAGCAACCGUGUACUGCAUUUGGCUUACCAGGAAUUCUGUUCUUUUUUAUCAUGGGUCUUUUUUUGUAAAUGAUGUUAUUAGCAAGAUCCAAUUUCUUGUGUAUAGACAUUCACAUCUUACCCACUUGUAUUAA